GUCAUCUGCAUUCACUGUAUGAUCAAACAUGGCAGUGCUCACAGAUGUCAUAACGUGUGUUUGUAUUCAGAUUGUCGACACAUUUAGAAUUGUUGCUAUGUUCUUAGGAGUACAAUAGAUGUUACAAGUUGUACAUGUUCAUGGGUUUGUAAGGUUACGAUAAAAGAAAACAAGUGUGAGGUUGCUUAUGCCCAGUGGGAGGUGCUCCAGCUUAUGGUUUUGGUUAGUGAAAGAACAAGUGUUUCAGUUUUUGCCUUCGUUGUGCGGAUUUUUCUGGCGAAACAUACAGAAGUUCCAAAAUGGAUGUAAAUGCUGUUCUUCAGUCAUUUCAUCCUAAAAUGCAACCAUAUAUAAAGGAGGUUUUGUACAGUGGAAACAUUGGGUUAUGUGCAGGAAAUUUGAAAGUUGAUGAUGUUCAGUCUGGGAGACCUACUAUGGAAACAUCAGAUUGUGGUGAUCGUUUCAAACUGAUAAUUCCAUUUGCUGGCCAGUCUAUCACUUGGGAGGUUGUAUUUAAUAGUAUUUUACCACAUUUCCCUCCAGACUUCUGCUUUGAUGAUGACACAUUUCUCUCUGAUCCUGAAGUAGAGAUAAUUGAAAAAAAUGUACCAAGCCUUGCUAAUUGGGACUGUCAAGAUUCAAAGUCAUUGUUACAUGUCAUCUGUGAACUUCUAGUUCUGUACAGAAAGCACCAGGUGUCACUGCUCGGGGACUACUCCAGACUUCAGUUUGAAUACUCGUCACUUGUUUACCAGACUCCAGUGUGUGAAGAUGAUGUGGAAGUUCUGAUUGGUAGCCGUAAUACAAACAUGAAGUCACGUCUGAUGGGGGGCGCAGUAAACUUUCUGAUUCGUCUUAAAGUAGAUUUUUCUGAUUUGCCUCCAGUUCAAACAGGUGAUGAUUCAGGUGAAAGUGCAGCUGUUUUGUUGGUCACAUUUCAUCAACCUGAAGGUAGUCGAAUCACCCCACAACUGUAUCUGUCACCACGCGUUGAAAGGGCACUCGGAGGCUCAUCCUCCUUCCAUCUGCCACCAUUUCCAUCUGGAAGUUGUUUGAUGGACUAUGUUCCCAUUGUGGCUGAGCAACUGCGGGACAGAGUGUCUGCAAUGUGCGUCGCCUACGAGAAGAAAAAAGAAUAUCUUGGAGCAUUUUGUUACAGGAUGGGGAAAGCCAUGUUGGAGUUUGAUGCAGUUUCUUUCUCUCGUUCCUCAUUUCUCCUGGAGUGUCGAGAUUUUUACUUUCUUCUUCAUGUGUCACUACCCAUGCAUUUUCCUAGAGACCGACCUUCAUUCAUUCUGCAAUCAGUCUAUCAUUCUUCAUCUGGCAAACCAUUCAAAAGUCUAUGUGAAGAUUAUCCAUACAGUCCUCGGUGGGAUCCAAGUGAAAUGGUGGAACGUGCAUGUGGAUAUAUCACUAGCUACGUUGAAGUGUUUCAGAAGAAUUCAAUUCAGAGCUGUCCUAUUUAGAUGAAAGGGUCCGCAUAUGCUGUCUUAUUCUUACAGUACUGACACUGGUGAUUUCAGUGAAUAUUUAACCACUUAACUACAAAAAUGGUUGGCUGUUGUUUGAUGUAACAAGUACACCUGUAAAAAGAGGUAAAAGAACCAAGCUCAUACUGUGCAUAGGAGUGAAAAACUUUCAUAAGACAUAAGGCAGAAGAGUCAGGUGUUGUAUUACACACAAUAUUUUGCUCCAGUGUUAGGCAUGUGUGCUAUAAUAAGGUGACCAAUAUUAUUUUUUGUUUGCGUAUAAUAAAUAUGUUUUAGUUUUGACAAAGCAUGAUUGGUAUAUGACAUCAUUAAUACAAACAAGGAAUUAAAUUCCAAUGAGUAUUAGCUCAGUUGUGCACCGUUAUGCUUACACUGUAGAAUUUUUGAAAAGUUGGCAAUGCUUUGGAAUUUACUACACGACUGUUUUCAGCCAGAAAAUUAUCAACAUUCUGGGAUUCACAUUGGAUCUAUAAAUUAUAACAACAGACACAUUAUUGUGAUUGCUAUUAGUAUGUAAUGUGUAUUUCUAUUAAUGACCAGAUGCAUUGGCAGACACCACAAGUAGUUUGAAAGCAGCAAUUCAGUUCUUUGACAUAGUUUCACUACUCAUCAGUAGAUGUGCUACCAAAGUUUAAAAAAAUAUUUGACUGUAUAUCUGUAUUUUGAAAUAAAAUUGAAUUUUGUGAGUUUGAUUUA